CAUUUCAUAAAGCUCAGAGAUAUUCUCCAUCCCCCCCAACAUUGCUGCAUUUCCCAUCAUGAGUGUCAGUACUAAAGAGUGUCUGCUUGUCCACUACUGGUCCUCCGCAGCACUGGUCUUCCUGCUCCUCUGUUCUGGUUGUUUUGCAGACAGCAGGGUGAGAACUUCUGGUAACAUCACAGCAAAGAUUGGUCAUCCUGUGACUCUGUCCUGUGAGCUGUCUGAAGACGGGAAUGUGUCCCAGGUUGAGUGGAGGAUUGGAGGGUGUGAUGGCCGUAGGAUUCUGGUUUCGAACACAAAUAACCCAGUUGUCGUGGAGCAAGACUAUAUCGACCGUGUCUCUGCUGUGACGAUGCGUGGAUUCACGUUACUAGGGACACAGAGGAAUGACGCUGGGCCGUACUGCUGUUCUCUCACAACCUUCCCACUUGGGUCUUUGAAAUGUCACCUUUUUUUGUAUCUGACUGAGGACCCACAAACAGCGUUCAGUGACUCUCCUCUCAUAAUGAUUGUGUCCAUUGCGAGUGGGAUUCUGGGAGUGCUGGUGCUGGGAGGGACCAUAACAGCACUGUUGCUCUGUCAGAGGUGUAGAAGACCCGUGCAGGACCCUGUUCAUGUGGCAGUUCAUCCAGGGGGGCUUCCACAAAACCCCCCCUCCAUCCUCCAGAAAAGCCAGGCCCAUGCUCCCCCACCACAGAGGAGUAACAGUGAGGAGGAGGAGGAGAACGGGGAAAUGGAUUACUUGAACGUUACAGCGCUUCGCCUCCCCAGAAUUCCACCUACUGCCUCCUCUGCCUUGAGGAAGAGCUAGAGAAUACUGCACUCUCAUACUAACAGAAUAAAAUACAAACAAACAAAGACAUGUAUUCAUAAAGACACAAUAUAAUGUAUACACACACUCACUGACACAAAAGCAGUUACAUUCACACACAUGACCUAUGUUUGGUUUGGGACAAUUUCCAGUUUAGCAUCUCCCCUACUCUGAAUUAAAGAUCUAAUGUUGGAUUUGAUCAUUGUAAAACCUUAUUGUGCUGGCUCUGCAUCCUAAAUAUCUUGUGUUUUGUAAUAAAAAGGAAUUCAAUAUCUCUCA